CUAAUUUGGAACUCAAAAAGAGAGAGAGAAAGAAAUUCACCAGCAGUGUAAUGAAAUAUGAAAGUAUAUAAGAUGUACUCUGUUUUUUGCAGUGUUUUUGGGCGACUCUGUUUUGAUCGAAUUGCCUUUAGAACAGGAAAGGCGGAGCAUACAUCUGAUCGUUUGCCUCUUAUCGCGUUGAUUUUCAGAGACCCAAAGCUCUUUUGAUUGCUCUGCUUCCUUGGGUUGCUUCUUGAAUCAUCUUCAUCUGUUCAUAAUUGGAUUCGCAGGAACAGAUUUGAAGGAUUUCAGGUGUACAAAGGAGAGAGGGAGAUGGAGAAGAAUCACCACAAUCGAGAUGGGUUGUUACUAAGAUCAACCCACCACUCUUCUGAGACAAGAUCGCAAGCUACAACGUCGUCUGACUUCGUGUUGCAGUGGGGGAACCGGAAGCGAUUGCGGUGUAUGAAGUUUCAGAACAGGGACACUAACACCACCACCAAGCAAAACGACUCCUCCGGCCCAGCCCAUGUUCUGAGAACCACGGUUCGGGUCGAUCGUCGGGUUGUCAGAAUGGAUCCCAAUAAGGACUCGAAUCAACCUACGGCCACCAUCAACAACCAUACCAAUAACGGCGGUUAUCUGAAUCUUCAACGGUCAGCAUCGCCGUCUCGUCGCAUUCUCAGGAAUUCUGAGUGUUCAAUUGCCAUGAGGGGACACGGCAACGGUGUAAAGGGACUGUCUUCUCCAGACAGAGGGGGUGCUCAUGAUAAGAAAGGUACAAACAACAAUACAAACGCCACCACCAGGUCCAUCACCAACCAUUAUUUAGAUGCCAAAAGCUGUGGUGGUGGUGGUGGUGGUGGGUCGGCGUCGUCGGAGACGGCCCAUGAUAGCAAGAAAGGGGGGUCAUCUUCGGGGAGUGAAGCGAUCCCGGCAGUGUGGCCGCCCAAGUUCGUGAUCGCUUUGACGAACAAGGAGAAAGAGGAGGAUUUCAUGGCUCUCAGGGGGUCCAAGCUCCCUCAGAGACCCAAGAAGAGAGCCAAAUUCAUUCAACGCACCGUUAAUUUGGUAUGUCCUGGGACAUGGUUAUGUGAUCUAACCUUAGAACGCUACGAGGUGAGAGAGAAAAAGGUCUCCAAGAAGAGACCAAGAGGGCUAAAGGCUAUGGGCAACAUGGACUCCGACUCGGAAUAGAGGAAACUCCAUGGAACAGAAAUGGGGUGUUCUCGAAGAGUCAAUGUAAAACAGGAUGGUGGUGAUGGCAGAGAAUGGAAGUUGUUGAUCCUAAGCAGAUCGAGGAUGCAGGGAAUUGGAAGAUAAGUUUCAUUUUGUGUUUCAUCACUAACAGAGCAAAAUAUUCUAGCAGCCUAUAUAUGAAGUUUUCCCCCAACACUUUCUUUUCCUUGAAUAGUUUUUGUUUUGCUUCUAUGCAUUUAGCUCUUAUUUUCCUUUUCCUCUUCUUUUUCCAUACAUGUUUAGCCUAGGAGAUGUGGUAAUUGAGCUUGUGUUUUCGCAGUUUAAAAACGAGAAAUGAACAAAAAAUCAAGGGAACAUAGUUAUAAAAAUGGGUAUGAUUAUGGUGGUACUGGUUUCGAUAUUGUGCCUCUACUAAUCUCGG